AUGUCUCGCAACUAUGAAGCUGCCAUUACGGCGCUCAAUUCGCUGCAGACCAACUUUGCGAUUGUGCAGGAACUCCAGAAGACUGUGAGUCGAGAGGAUAAGAAUCUGCAGUCGAUUCCGGAGAUGGUGGAGUGGUUGAGGCGGAUUGGGUAUAAGCAAUCCGACCUGAACCAGAUCAACCCCGUGCACGUCGCCGGCACAAAAGGCAAGGGAUCGACCUCGGCCUUCAUCGCUUCGAUCCUAUCCCAGUACACCGCAUCGCAGUCAGAUUCGCCCCGAACGCUCAACAAGAUCGGUCUGUACUCGUCCCCGCACCUGCGCUUCGCGCGCGAGCGCAUCCAGAUCGACGGCGCGCCGCUCUCCGAAGAAAAGUUCACCAAGUACUUCUUCGAGGUCUGGGACCGGCUGGAGGCGUCUGCGCAGGCGGCGGGUGAAACCCCGACCGCCCCGCAGACGAAACCGCAGUAUUUCCGGUACUUGACGCUGAUGGCGCUCCACACUUAUGUGAGCGAGGGGGUGGAUGCUGCUGUUAUUGAGUGUGGGAUUGGCGGCGAGUAUGACUGUACGAAUGUGAUUGGGAAGCCCGUUGUGGGUGCGAUUACUAGCUUGGGGAUUGACCAUACUGCUAUGUUGGGCAAUACUAUUGAGCAGAUUGCCUGGCAUAAGGGUGGUAUUAUCAAGCCGGGGGUGAAAUGCUUCAGUGCUCCUCAGCCUGCUAGUGCGGAGAAAGUCCUCCAUGAUCGUGCGGCGGAGAAGGGAGCGCAAUUGGAGAUUGUGAAAGAGGGACUGCCUGAGUCUGCUAGUGGGGGCAGUUUGAAGCUCGGCCUGGCGGGUGAUUUCCAGUACACCAACGCUGCUGUUGCGACGGCUGCCGCUGCGGAGUUUCUCAGGACGGUAGGCAUCGCGGAUAUCCCGGGCGACGUCCUAAGCAAGCCCCUUCCGGCGGAGUUCGUGAAAGGUCUGGAGUCCGCUCGACUGGGCGGUCGGUGCGAAACGAGACACGAGGAGAAUGUCUCCUGGUACAUCGACGGAGGGCAUACCUUGGAGAGCAUCAGACUGGCAGGCCAGUGGUUCGUGUCGCAGAUCCACGCCAACUCGUCCUCCACCACCGCCGCCAACAAGAAGCUGCGUCUCUUGAUCUUCAACCAGCAAACGCGCGACAGCAACGCCUUGGCCCGGGCCCUCCACGAGACCCUGUCCGCAGCCUUGGGCUCCGAGCAGCCAUUCACGCACGCCAUCUUCUGCACCAACGUUACGUACAAGGACUCGGGAUACCGCCCGGACCUGGUGAGCAUGAACACGAAUGCGUCAGACAUUGAGAAGCUACAGGUUCAAAACAGCCUCGCGGAGACGUGGCGAUCCAUCGACCCCCACGCCGAGGUCCACGUCUACGCCACCAUCGAAGAGGCCGUCGAUUUUGCCCGCGCUCUCGCCCUCAAGGAGAGGGGUCUCGUGGGCAAGGACGAAGCUCCUCUCACGACCUUUGUCACGGGCAGUUUGCACCUGGUCGGGGGGUUCCUCGAUGUCAUCGAGACGAAGCCCAGUGGGGCUGAAAAGUCGUGA